AUGGCAAAUGCUUCAACUGCUAUAUAUGAUUUUUCAAACAUUUUAUGUGACAAUCGAAGUUCUUCUGCUGACACCGAAGCUGAGACGGAUCACUUGGCUUUGCUCUCCGUCAAGAAACAUAUAACAUCCGACCCAUAUCAAAUCAUGCCUUUGUGGAAUGACUCGAUCCACUUCUGCAACUGGACAUGUAUUGUGUGUGGUCUACGCCACCAGAGAGUGGUCUCCCUCGAUUUGGCAUCUCGUGGCUUUUCUGGUUCAAUAUCACCUGCAGUUGGGAACCUGACGUUUCUAAGGGACCUAAUCCUUCGCAACAAUAGUUUCACAGGAAACGUUCCACAAGAAGUUGGCAGGUUAUCAAGAUUAAGGAGGCUACGCCUUUCGAACAAUUCUCUGUCAGGUGAAAUUCCUUCUAAUAUAUCUCGGUGUCCAGAUCUUGUAGAACUUGAUCUGAGUAGGAACAACUUCAUUGGUGUUAUUCCUAACGAGUUUGAAUCAUUGACUAAGCUUAUGUACAUAGACCUCGGCUACAAUGAACUAACAGGAGAAAUACCCAAGUAUAUUGGAAACUUUACAUCUCUUACAGUUAUUUCUGGGUCGCGAAAUAAUUUCCAAGGAAACAUUCCAGAUACUCUAGGCCAAUUGUCCAAUUUGUGGUAUUUCGGGUUCCCAGAGAAUAACCUUUCGGGCAUAUUACCUCUCUCGUUUUUCAAUAUUUCAUCCUUGAAGACAAUAGAUUUGCCAGACAAUCAGAUUGGUGGGAAUCUGCCAUCAGAUAUCGCACAAAGAUUUUUGGGUCUAACGGUUCUAAACCUCCCAGUAAAUAAAAUUUCUGGACCCAUUCCACCCUCAUUGUCUAAUGCUACUAAUCUUGAACACCUAGCACUCGAUGAAAAUGCAUUUACUGGAAGUGUGCCAAAUUUUUCUAGGCUACAAAGAUUGAGGUGGUUUCGAGUUAACAUUAAUCAACUUGGGAACGGGAAAUCUGAUAACUUAGACUUUGUAUCCUCUUUGGCAAACUGUACCAACUUAACACGGUUGGGUUUCAGUUCCAACAAUCUUGGAGGAGUCCUGCCAAGAUCGGUAUUUAAUUUUACUCUACUUACUAGUUUCACAGUAGGGAGAAAUUUCAUUUCUGGAAAUAUCCCAUAUGAGAUUGGGCAACUAGUUAAUGUUAGGAGAGUGUUACUAUCCUACAACCAAUUCACCGGCAGAAUUCCGGAUUCAAUUGGGAAUCUCAGAAAUAUUGGGGAAUUGUCUCUUGGGGAUAACUUAUUGUCAGGUUCUAUACCGUCGUCAUUGGGAAAUCUCACCCUAUUGAGCAGCCUCUCUUUAGAUGGUAACAAACUAGAGGGUAAUAUACCAUCUGGUUUAUCAAACUGUAGGGGAUUACAGCUUCUGGAUCUUUCUAGAAAUAAUCUCAGUGGUCACAUACCGAAAGAGAUUUUUGGUUUAUCUUCCUUGACAGUAGGCCUAGACCUUUCGGAUAACCGUUUUGUGGGUUCUCUUCCUAUCGAAGUAGGCGCCUUGCAGAAUCUGGUUUUCUUUGAUGUUUCAAACAACAUGAUCUCUGGGGUAAUUCCAGUUAGUCUUGGAGCUUGCACGAGUUUGGUUGUAUUAGCCAUGGCUGGAAACACCAUUGAAGGGGAAAUUCCAACAUCAUUUCGCUCGUUGAGAGGUCUAGAAGCUCUUGAUCUUUCCACCAACAAUUUAACCGGGAGAAUCCCCGAGUACCUUGGAGAUUUUGUGUUUCUUGAAAUCUUGAAUUUAUCUUUAAAUGGUUUCGAUGGAAAAUUGCCAGAACUGGGAGCUUUUAGAAAUGUAAGCAUAGUUUCCAUUUAUGGAAAUACUAAGCUUUGUGGUGGUUUACCAGAAUUUCAGUUGCCAAAGUGUCCCAUUGAAGAAUCAUCAAAGAAAAACCAUGUUCAUCUUUCCUUACUAUUACUUAUACCAAUAGUUAUUAUGCUUUUUGUCCUAAUUCUGGUUGUGAUGUUUUGUUUGGUUUGCAAACAAAGAUAUAGCAAGAAGGCUUCGACAGAAAUUAGUUCAGAAGAUGAAAAUUUCCCGCGAGUGUCUUAUCAAAGCUUACACGAAGCAACAGAUGGGUUUUCUUCGGCAAACUUGAUAGGUUCUGGAAAGUUCAGUGCUGUGUGUAAGGCAAUUCUGCAUAUGGAAAAUGAACCACAAGUUGUCGCUGUGAAGGUACUAAAACUCGCGGUUCAGGGUGCUGACCGCAGUUUUAUUGCAGAAUGUGAAGCUUUGAGAAGCAUCAGACACAGGAAUCUUGUGAAAGUUCUAACUUGUUGUUCGUCUCUUGAUUUUCAAGGGUACAAUUUCAAGGCUCUUGUUUAUUCUUAUAUGGCUAACGGGAGUUUGGAAGACUGGUUGCAUCAGAAUCCGGUCAUUGGUCUAAACUUUUUACAGCGGUUGAACAUUGUUAUAGAUCUUGCUGGGGCCCUCGAUUAUAUUCAUCGCCAGUGUGGUUCACUAAUGAUUCAUUGUGAUAUCAAGCCUAGUAACGUUUUAUUGGACACUGAUUUGGUUUCCCAUCUUAGUGAUUUUGGGUUGGCUAGAUUUCUUCAUCACGAUUCUUCUACAAGCCACACCAGUUCCCUAGGAAUAAAAGGAACAAUCGGAUAUGCGGCUCCCGAAUACGGACUGGGAAGUAAGGUUUCAACCUAUGGUGACAUCUACAGCCUUGGAAUCCUCAUACUAGAGUUGUUUACCGGCAAUCGUCCUACUGACGAAAUGUUCAGCAACGGUCUAAGUCUUCAUAGUUUUGUGAGGAUGGCUAUACCGGAUCAAGUUACGGAGAUAACUGAUCCGGUCCUUUUCAGAACUACACAAGAGAAAAAUAAGAGUAAAGAUGCACAUGAUUGUGAAAUGUACUGUGGAAUCAAGGAUUGUUUGUGUUCAGUUUAUCGAAUUGGGAUUGCUUGCUCCAUGGAAAUACCCGGAGACCGGAUAGAAAUGAGCAAUGUCUUGGAUAAACUAGUGUUUGUCAAGAAAACUUUUCUUCAAGGAUUUGUUUCUUAUGGAGCAGAGACUGAUCACUUGGCUUUGCUCUCGGUCAAGAAGCAUAUAACAUCCGACCCAUAUCAAAUCAUGCCUUUAUGGAAUGACUCGAUUCACUUCUGCAACUGGACAGCGGUAAAUAAUUUCCAAGGACACAUUCCAGAUACUCUAGGCCAAUUGUCCAGUUUGUUCUUUUUCGGGCUCACAAUGAAUAACCUUUCGGGAAUUUUUCCUACGUCGUUUUUCAAUAUUUCAUCCAUGACCACCAUAGACUUGCCUUACAAUCAGAUUGGUGGGAGUCUGCCAUCAGGAAUAAAUUUGAUUUCUGGAAAUAUCCCAUCUGAGAAUGGGCAACUAGUUAACAUUGAAAGAUUGUUUCUGAACUCCAACCGAUUCACUGGUAGAAUUCCAGAUUCAAUUGGGAAUCUUAGAAAUGUUGGAGUACUGUAUCUCAGUGGAAACUUAUUAUCAGGUUCUAUACCUUUGUCGUUGGGAAAUCUCACCCUCUUGAACACUCUAUCCUUAGGGAGUAACAAGCUAGAGGGUGCUUUACCAUCUGAUUUAUCAAACUGUAGGGGAUUACAGCUCCUGGAUCUUUCAAGAAACAAUCUCAGUGGUUAUAUACCAAAUGGGAUUUUUGGUCUAUCUUCCUUGACAAUAUCCCUAGACCUUUCCAACAACCAUUUUGUUGGUUCUCUUCCUACCGAAGUAGGGGUAUUGCAGAAUCUGGUCUCGUUAGAUGUUUCAAACAACAUGAUUUCUGGGGUAAUUCCGGAAACACCAUUUUUUGAUGGAAAAUUGCCAGAACUGGGAGCUUUUAAAAAUGAAAGCACGGUUUUCAUUUAUGGAAAUGCAAAGCUUUGUGGUGGUUUGCCGGAAUUUCAGUUGCCCAAGUGCUCCAGCGAAGAAUCAUCAAAGAAAAACCAAAUUCCUCUUGCCUUGCUAAUAACUAUACCAAUAAUUAGCGUCAUUUUUGUCCUAAUUUUGGUGGUUAUAUUGUGUUUUGUUUGCAAACGCAAAAAGGCUUCGACAGAAAAUGGUUCAGAAGAUGAAAAUUUCCCACGAGUGUCAUAUCAAAGCUUGCAUGAAGCAACAGAUGGAUUUUCUUCGGCAAACUUGAUAGGUUCUGGAAAGUUCAGCACUGUGUAUAAGGCGAUUCUACAUAAGAAAAAUGAACCACAAGUUGUUGCUGUGAAGCUACUAAAACUCGCAGUUCAUGGUGCUGAACGCAGUUUUAUUGCAGAAUGUGAAGCUCUGAGAAGCAUUAGAUGUUGGAAAUUUUGGAUUCAUGGUGGGGGUCUUGAGUGGAAGUCUCAAUAG